CAACCCAGCAUCAGCUUCAGAGGGUCCAGUUUUUCGAAGGGUAAGCUAAAUCAUAAAGCUGCCUACUAAUUAUAUUGGAGUUUACUUUAUAUUUAUAAGCUCCUAACAAGGAUAAAUAGCUUUUAUCUCAUAAAAAUUUAUUUAAUAUAUAUCAAAGGAGAUAAAUGUGUAUUAUGACUUAUAACUUUAGUAUACUAUAGAAAAAAAAAAAAGAUUAUUUUGUUGGGCAAUGAAAUAUGAGGAGAGUCUUCCGGGUGAGAUUCCAAUUCUGAUAAAAGUAGUUAUAGUUAUAUUAGAUGACUAGUGAUCAAUAAGUUCCAAUCACUGUCAGUACAGGGAACGGACAUAUAUCCAAGAUUGAAGAUUGGCUAUUACAGCCACCACCUCGUCCUCACUAUCAUUAUAAAUCGCAGUCUUCAAUUAUCCUUCAAUGUACGACCAAUUUCGUUCGCUAAAAAUAAUUGUUUACUAUUUUAUAAUUAAUUUCGUGAUUACCCGAACCAGGACAUUUUAUUCCCCGGGUAUAUAUACUCCGGUUGACAUACUCUGGACAUCAGUAUCCAUCACUGGACGAUCUAGCAAGAUGAAGACUGCUUUAUUGAUUUUGGUGGCCAUCGCGGUUGUGGCGAGUGAGGAAUUAAAUUCCGAGUCAACAAAAAAAGAAAAGCGUGGAGUAGCUUUUCUAGGGUCCCCAGGUUUUGACAUUGUUGGAGUUCUUCCAGCUUUCAACCAACCCUGGCUUCCAGCUGGCUUGGGAAACUCUUAUUGGCCUGGACAAUUUUCAUCAGACCUUGCUUUGAGCCAAGUUCAAUCUCAAGCCACUCACAAUGUCGCUCUUCAAGCUUUGAAAGAAAAUUACCCUGGCACACCAAGCAUCACUUACUCCCCGGAAGUAAUCAGAGCGAUCAACUCAGCUAAAGAAGCCAAUCACAACGUCCUGGUAGCUCAACAUCGCGUUGCCGAGGCGAAGCAAGCUGCUCUUAUCCAGCAAAAAAUCGCUCUAGCCAAAGAAGCCGCCGCGAGAGAAGCAGCUGAGAGGUCAGAGGCGAUAUCAGCGCAAGCUCAGCAUGAAGCCCGAGCGAGUGCUCAGCAACUGGUGGCUCUCCAGCAAAGACUUGCCUCUUUGAAGGACUCGGUAGCUGCUGCUCAAAGGGUCGCCGCUGCUCGGGAAACUGCAGCCGCUGCAGCCAUUCAACGCAAUGCCGCUGAUACUGCUGCUGAACUUCGUAAACAGGAGGUUGAUAAACAAAUCACUCAGACUGAGAAAGAAGCCAAGGUGCGUGAUAUUGUCGCUGCUAAAGAGAACGCGAUCGCCAACGCAGUUCAGCAUUCUGCUGCUUCAAAGACAACUUACCCACCCUGGGGACGAUAAAAACUCGCUUAUAAUCACACUCGUAUCAAUUAUAAACUCAUGUUAAUGAUAAGAUAAUUAUAAAAUUACUUACUAGGUGGUGGUUUUUGUAUUUGUUUUUUAUUAGGGCAUUCAUUAACUAUUCUGUCUUAUAAAGCU